AGUUAAGUUAGUUGACCGUGAACAGCCGAGGUGAUCGGUGAUCUCAACAAUUGUCUACAUUUAAAAACUAAAUGGUUUUAAUAUAUAAUUACAAGUAAACAAAAAAGAAAACAAGAAAUAAAUGUCUUAAGUGAACAAAUUCAUUAUCAUAAUCAUGAACAAAUCAAUUAUUUUAAUCAUAGUAAUUUUCUGUUUUUCGUGUACUAUAAAUUCAACACCUCUUGAUUAUUGGACAUUAAGAGCUCAAAUAAUUGAAAAUGAACAAAGAUCCACCCUUGGAGGUCAACUUGAAUUUGAACAUGGAGAACGAAUUGCUAACGAUUUUCUAAUGUCGAAGAAACGUGCCGAAUUUCAAAAUGCAUUUAAAAACGCAAGUAAUUUUCUACCGGCACAUAACUUCGUAAGUGUAAUAAAUAACAUAGAACAAUCCGAAGUUUUUAAGAUCAUUCAAAAAAUGCCAAAAGGUGCCGUUCUUCAUGCACACGACACGGCACUCGUUUUAGCAGAUUGGAUUUUACGAAACGUAACUUACCGACCUAAUCUCUACAUGUGCUUAACAUCGGAUGGCCAAUUGAAAUUAAAAUUUUUUAACAAACCAACCAAAGACUGCAGUUGGAAACUUUUAAGCAAUGUUAGAAAAACUACAGACACUAUCGACGAAAGAAUUUACAGAGAAAUGACUAUGACAAUGGACAAUCCUGAUGAUUAUCGAGAUGUCGAUAAAGCAUGGUCUAAAUUUAACCGAAUAUUUUCAUUUAUUAGACCAUUACUUACUUACAAACCAGUUUACGAGGACCACUUUUACCAAGCCUUGACAGAUCUUUACAACGACAAUGUUAUGUACAUAGAAUUACGUAGUACACUUGAACAUUUGUACGAUCUCAAUGGUACCGUUUAUCCACAACUCGAAACAGUAGCGGUUUAUAAAAAAAUUACGGAAAGAUUUGUCGCAGAACAUCCAAACUUCUUCGGUGUCAAACUUAUAUAUGCACCCUAUCGUAGAGUUAAUUUAACACAAUUGGAUAGAUAUUUAACGACAUUGAAAGAAUUGAAAGAUAAUUAUCCUACGUUCUUAGCUGGAUUCGAUUUAGUUGGACAAGAAGAUAAAGGAACACCUUUGGUGGUGUUCGCUAAUAAAUUGAGAGAUUUCGAUCAUUCGAUCAAUUAUUUUUUCCACGCUGGUGAAACUGAUUGGUAUGGUUCGAGUACUGAUGAAAAUCUUAUUGAUGCUAUUCUAUUAGGUGCCAAACGCAUUGGACACGGAUACGCUUUAACGAAACAUCCACUAUUAAUGGAAAUGGCAAAACAACGUCGAAUCGCCAUAGAAGUAAAUCCAAUCUCCAAUCAAGUGUUAAGGCUCGUACAAGAUCUUAGAAAUCAUCCAGCAGCCGAAUUAUUUGCGAACAAUUUUCCAAUCGUCGUAUCGAACGAUGAUCCUGGAUUAUGGGGUGUUCGAGCUUUGAGUUACGAUUUUUAUCAAGCUUUCGUUGGUAUCAUGUCGCAGAAUUCGGAUUUGAGGGCUUUAAAACAGCUCGCAUUGAAUUCUAUUAUGUACAGUAGUUUGAAUGCCGAAGAAAAAGAUAAUGCAUUGAAACUUUGGAGACAGAAAUGGAAUAAUUUUAUACAAUAUUUAAUACAUCAAAUUGUUUAAUAUUUUAUAGAACAACAACAACAACAAAUAUAUAUAUUUAAUAAUAAAAAUGAUCUAUUUAGAAAACAUUUUAUCAUAAUUGUAACAGAAAAUAAUAAACACGUAAUCUAAACAAACUCACAUAAUACGUAAUUGUGAUAAUAGUUAAAAG